AUGAAGUUAGAGACCAACCGAAAGUUUCUGUUAAGGCAAUCAAAAAGCCACUAUGCAGCUUGCAAGAGUCUGCAAGUACGUGAUGAAUCCGUGCAGUGUAACAGUGGCUGGCUAGCAUUGGCACACUUCCGGCCGAGCCGCUCCUACAAACCUGAAGAACCGGGCUCCCGCCCCGCUUCGUCGGCCGAGUUUUGUGUCUGGCACCCUUCCUCCUCCCGGCCCUCGCCCUUACCCUGCCAGGGCCCCAGGGAGCCUUACCUGCGGGCCAGCCUGCCGCAGCACCGGGACGCCUCAGGAGGGAGGGGGGAAUUGUUUCACUCUUCCCUCCACCGCUCCCAGGGGUGCGAGGGGUUUGUGGAUCCCGGAAUCACUUCAGGCACCUUCCUUCCCUCACUCCCUACGCCCAGAGAUAGGGGAACAGUGGCAAAAGCCGCCCCAGGGCAACCACAGUGCCCGGCAGACACGGACCGCGCACGGGCCGCGGCAAAGGGAACUGCUACCUCACUUAACCCUCUCCACCGUCCCCUCCCACCUCUUCCCCGAGAGGGGCAGGGGGAACCGGAGCCGCAGGCAGACGAGCCGCCCCGCUCCAGGCCGCCUUCCUUCUCCCCGCCCCGCGCUCUUGCCUCCUCCCCUUCAGCGCCGGGCGCUUACGGCCGCAUCGAGAAGCCGAGUGAGAGGCUGCGGUAAAUUUCAAACCGCCCGCAGGGCCCUGCGGAAGGAAGAAGGGGCCGGCGCU